GGAUGUGAGCUGCAGCGCUUCCAGUGUAACAUCGUCUCAGACCACUGGUAUAUCUGAGCUCUAGAAACAAACCGCAGCGGAUUCAUAACGGACUUUAUUUAUCUUAGUUUUAACUAACUGGAUACUUUAACAUAUCAUGUACCUUUAGUUGUGUGUACAUUCAAGUAACAGUAAGUUGUAGUGUCAGAUUAGUUAGCUUUGCUAGCCGCGUUAGCUGGCUACCACCUCCUCUCCUCAGCGUCACUUCCUACUUUUGAAAAUCGCGGCCUGAAAGUAACGAAACAGAAUGGAGCUGCAAGUGGGCAGUGAACCAAUGACCCUGGGUUCUCCCACCUCUCCUAAGCCAACCUCUGGAGCUCAGUUUCUGCCUGGAUUCCUGAUGGGUGACCUGCCAGCUCCUGCCAGCCCACAACCCCGCCCCUUCAGCUUGACUGCGCCCAUCAUGGAGAGCCCAAGUACACAUCGAGGGGGUCCAGGAGGUUCCGGACUGCAGCCCGUUGUCCCGACUCCCAAAGAUAAGAGUGGAGCCCCGCCUGUUCGCAGUAUCCACGACGACCUGAUCACUGUAGCUACGCCGCUCAAUGCACACAGACAGGCUUUUCCAGUCAUGCAGUCUCCUCUGUCAGCACGCCAGGCCUCAUCUCCAGGAGCAGGUGUGCAGCAGGUGUGUCUAUCGCCUGCUCAGGUGGAUCCUUUCUACAGUCAGGGAGAGUCUUUAUCAUCUGAAGACCAGCUGGACCAGACAUGGGUCACCGUAUUUGGUUUUCCUCCAGCCUCGGCUUCCUACAUCCUGCUGCAGUUUGCUCAGUACGGAAAUAUCCUCAAACACACAAUGGCGUCUCCUGGCAACUGGAUGCACCUUCAGUAUCAGUCAAGACUUCAGGCAAGGAAAGCUCUGUCUAAAGAUGGGAAAGUGUUUGGUGACUCCAUCAUGGUGGGAGUCAAACCCUGCAUAGACAAGAGUGUGAUGGACAGCGGUGAAGCCGUCUCCUCUCCCAUCUCCUCCUCCUUCUCCUCCUCCAUCCUCCCUUCGACUCCUCGCUCCGCCAUCAGACCACUCAGUGCCAGCUACAGGAGCUCCGGCAGCGACUACCAGUCUGCUUCCGUCUUCCAGGUGGUUGCAGACAGACAGACGCCGAGGAAGGACGACAGCUUCGUCUCCAAGGCGAUGGAGUACAUGUUUGGAUGGUGACAUGGCACAAAGCAUCAUGGGAUACUUGCAGAAGAGAGAGGGCAAUCAGUGGACUGAUAGAUGAACUGAUUCACUACAGUGUGUCUGAGUGUGUGUGUGUGUGCGAGUGUGUGUGUGUGUGUGUUAUGGUGAAAUCUUUCUCUUCUUUAAUAAUCUGCUUUUUUUAUGUCUUUAUCGUAAUAAAGUCUCUCUGUUUUAAUUCAGAAGUGGUGUUCUCUUAGCAGCCACAUGGUGUCACUGUUGAUAAAGUGCAGUUACAUCCUCACAUGUAUAAAUAUAUUUUAAUUAUGCAAACUUG